AUGCCCCAACUACAGAAUGAGAAUAUUACUGUCUUAAACCAGUUAAUAGCUGAUGAGUGGAGAUUCAUCAAUCAAGCUGAUUUUAAAAAGAAUCAUCUGGAGUGGUUAAAUAGGCUUACUGAAGAGCAGAAGAAGAUAUAUGAUGAGAUCAUAAACUCUGUUUUCAAAGAUAAAUGUGGAGUAUUUUUCUUAUAUAGUUUUGGUGGAACUGGUAAAACAUUCCUUUGGAAAGUUUUAUCUGCAGCUGUCAGGAUCAGGGGUGAAAUAGUGUUUAAUACUGCAUCUAGCGGGAUAGCCUCUCUUUUGUUAGAAGGUGGCAGAACAGCUCAUUCAAGGUUUGGCAUUCCUCUUGAAGUUCAUGAUACUUCUAUGUGCAGAAUGUCAAGGUCUUCUGAUUUAGGUGAAUUAGUCCAAGAAGCCAAGUUGAUAAUUUGGGACGAAGCUCCAAUGAUGAGUAAAUACUGCUUUGAGACUUUAGAUAGAAGUUUGAAAGAUAUAAUGCGUGAUCCAGAAGAUAAACCUUUUGGGGGAAAGGUCAUUAUUUUUUGUGGUGAUUUCCGUCAGAUACUUCAUGUUAUUGUUGGUGCUGGUCGAGAACAAAUAGUUAACUCAUCGCUAAACUCAUCUUACCUUUGGAAUCAGUGUAAAGUGUUAAGGCUAACAAGAAAUAUGAGGUUGCUGCAAAAGAUUACUCCAAAUGAAGCCAGGGAGAUUGAAGAGUUCUCGAAAUGGAUUCUUGAUGUUGGAGAAGGAAGACUUAAUGAGCCAAAUGAUGGAGUUGUUGAUAUUGACAUCCCAGAAGAAUUGCUUAUCACAGAAGUAAACUCUCCAAUUGAAUCGAUCAUUAAUGCAGUGUAUGGUAAUUCGUUACAUACUCCCAAGGAUUCCAGUUAUUUUCAAAGCAGAGCUAUUUUGUUUCCUACAAAUGAUGAUGUCAACACUAUAAACGACCACAUGAUUUCCAUUUUAGAAGGUGAGGAAAGUGUUUACUUAAGUUCAGAUAGUAUUGAUCCUGCAGAUAAAAGGAAUAAAGACAAUCCUGCUUAUAACCUGGAUUUCCUAAACUCAGUUAGGAUUUCAGGAGUGCCAAACCAUGCUCUUCGUUUGAAAAUCGGUUGUCCAAUAAUGUUGUUACGAAAUAUUGAUGCUCAUGGAGGUCUAAUGAAUGGAACAAGACUACAGAUUACACAAAUAGCUGAUCAUGUUAUACAAGCAAGAAUCAUCACAGAUACUUGUUUGCCUUUCAAAAUGAGACGUAAACAAUUUCCGAUAAACAUUGCUUUUGCAAUGACUAUCAACAAAAGUCAAGGUCAGUAUCUCUCAAAUGUUGGUUUAUACUUGCCCAGACCGGUUUUCUCUCAUGGUCAGCUAUAUGUAGUCAUGUCCCGUGUAAGCAGUAAAUCAGGAUUGAAAAUUCUCAUUACUGACCCAAAAGGAAAACCUGAAAAGAAAACAAGGAAUGUCGUCUUCAAAGAGGUUUUCCAAAAUAUUUGA